AGACGCAUAAUCCGGAUGUUGGGGAUUUAUGUUUCAGAUUUGAACGCGGACUACAUAGAUAUGCCGUUCGGCAGGGGGGGGCCUGCUACUCCCGGCAUACCUGGUUCCAACAGCCGAACAAAAAGGAUGAGAACGAGUUUUAAACACCACCAGUUGAGGACGAUGAAGAGUUACUUCGCGAUCAAUCACAAUCCGGACGCCAAGGAUCUGAAGCAACUCUCGCAGAAAACUGGCUUGCCAAAAAGGGUGCUGCAGGUCUGGUUCCAGAACGCCCGCGCAAAAUGGCGGCGCAUGGUGUUGAAGCAGGAGGGGAAGUCGGACAAGUGCGACGGGAGCGUGGACAGCGGUUCCCUUGGCGACCUUGAGCUUUAUGGGAACAGCACCGGAAGCGGGCGGCCUCCGAUGAGCCCUCCAUUCAUGCUCGGCGGCCCGCACAGCCCCGCGUCCUUGGCGUCCUUGGACUGCGCGUGAUCCCCGAAAUUCCGUUUCCGGGACAGGCCGAUCGAACGAUUCGCGAUCCAUCCUU